AUGUUCGCGUCCGUGGCUGUUGUGAUAGCGUUAGGUUUAUCGGUUUUAUAUUGGAUUGUGUGGCGAUUAAAAAGUUGGAAACACUACAAACUGUCAAGUGAUUUAACCGGGCCGCGUGAUUAUCCCUUGAUCGGGAGUGCGCAUCUUUUCUUUGGAAAAAGUACUGAGGAGCAGUUUCGGUGUAUAUUGGACAUUACUAAGACAUACCAAUCGCCAUGUCGUAUUUGGCUCGGCCCAAAGCUGUUCGUUUUCAUCGACAAUGCGGACGAUCUCCAGACAGUGCUCAACUCGCCCCAUUGUCUCGAGAAGGCAGAUGUGUAUCGAUUUUUCCAGUGUGAAACGGGACUGUUUUCCGCACCUGCUAGCAUUUGGCGAGUGCACCGAAAGCACCUUAGCCCCUGCUUUAAUGCAAAAAUAUUGGCCAGCUUCGUGUCGGUCUUCAAUGCCAAAAGUGCCAUCUUAGUGGAUCAGCUUGGGUUGCGGGUGAACGAAAGGGAGCUGUUCAACGUGUACGAGUACAUUGCCAAAUGCACAUUGGAUAUGGUUUGUGCUACAACACUAGGCACCAACAUGAAUCUACAGAAUGAGAAAGGGGAUGAGUACAUUGGGGCUAUUGAAAGAGCAUCGGAAUUGUUGAAUCAUCGUUUGUACAAGGUGUGGCUCCAUCCAGAGUGGGUCUAUCGUCUAACGUCCUACUACAAAAUUCAACAGGAAUGCUAUGCCACUGCCUACAAAAUGUCGCGUGCAGUGCUUGCCUUGAAAGGUGACGAGCUGGAAGAAAUAAAAAAUCGUACGGGCAUAAAGAACUCUGGCCCAGAAGAAAAACAAACCACAGAUGAUUAUCGCAAACCCCAAAUAUACAUCGAUCAGCUGUUUCGACUCGCGAAGGAAACGGGCGUGUUUGAUGAGCGUGCGAUCAGAGACGAAAUCGAUACGAUCAUUCUGGGAGGAAACGAAACGUCCGCGCUAACACUGUCACAUGUUGUCCUGAUGUUGGCCAUUCACCAAGAUGUACAGCAAAGAGUAUAUGAGGAAAUUGUUUCGACUCUAGGUGGUUCCGUCGGAGAAGUGGAAAAUGAUCAUCUUUCUCGUCUAACGUACAUGGAAAUGGUGCUGAAGGAAACAAUGCGUCUGUUUCCCGUCGGUCCAAUCAUCGCCCGGCAAUGCACGCAAGAUACGACAAUUUCUAAGACGACUAUCCCGAGUGGAGUGACGGUAGUGUUAGGGAUCUUCAACGUGCAGCGCAGUGAAACACACUGGGGAUCGGCGGCAAACACAUUCGAUCCGGACAACUUCCUACCAGAGCGCAACGUUCAUCGACAUCCGUACUGUUUUCUUCCGUUCAGUGCAGGGCCGCGCAACUGUAUCGGAUACAAGUAUGGCCUAAUGUCGAUGAAGGUAAUGCUGUGCCAUUUGCUUACGGCGUACAGGUUUACGACGGACCUCACCAUGGAACAGUUAGUAUUGAAACUAGACAUUACGCUAAAGAUAGCCAAUAAGCACCUUGUUCGUGUCGUUCGGCGGAAGCUCACUUAA